CGACGAUAAUAAUGUUGAUCGGAGGAUUUGAGGAUAAGGACGCAGCUGAUAUUAUAAUUCCGGCCUCUGAGAAACUACUGGAGAAAAUGCGGUGUUUUCGAUCUAAAGGGUUAUACGCUUGGACUACAAGCUAGAACCUGUAAUAAAUGGUCUCCUUGUCCUGUCUUAGUCUUACUCUAUGCUACUCUGGGCCUUCAUCGUUACAAUUUGCUUCAGGGUACAAAGUUUCAGCUCAAUCGCGUAAAGAAGUACGUUUUCUCAACGGGUGCUGCUGCCUCUUACUACAUAACUUUGGAUGCAAUGGAACCAGCUGCUGACUCCUCCUCUUCGCUUCAAACCUUUCAGACUGAAGUAACAGAAGAUAGUUUUGGCAAAUUUAUUCUGACGUGCAAUAUUGCAAGAAUUCGAGGGGAACCAAGCAAUGUCUAUACCGGGUUGAAUAUAGGUUGUCGCUUGCCGGAGUGUCCGCCAGAGAAUCCUUUUGAAAUAUAUUAUCUGAUGAAGGAUUCGGAGCUCCAAGAAAAUAAUGACUGGAUUCGUCUAUAUUUGGAACUUGCUGUUGCCACCACUGAUAGGAACAGGGAAGCUAGUGAUUUUGGUCUCUCCAACUUGGAGAUUGUCAACGUGGCCGUUGAUGCGGAGGGACUCCUCAAUGCCAAAAAUGCAAUUUUCUACAUUAGGUACAAGGACUUGUACGAGGCUCGGCUUGGUAAUGCUGUUUUUGAUCGCAUUGCUAUCGUUAGAAGAAUCUUCGAUGAGGAUACGGGACGCUUCACUCUCGUGGGUCAGAAUCAGAGUUCAGAUAUUAUAAAUUAACUAUUUAUUAAUGUUAGACUUUAAGUUAUUUGUAUAAUAUUGAGUGUAGAUUUGGUUUGUAACAGUAUUUUGCUUGAAUAACUUAUCAUAACAUUAUGUUUGCCUAAAUAGAGGAAGAACGAGAGUUUUUCUUACUCUUGCUUUCAGUUGUUUCCUUUUC